CGUUUAAGUAGAGAUCGAUGGAACAGUGGCUUUUCCAUCUCCAUUCCUGGACUGCCGCCGGACCGCAGAGUAGCUAAGCUAGCUGCAGUUUCGGAGGCAUGGGGCUGGGGUUUGGAAGCAGGGAGGGCAGCAGCCACGUGGUGUCCUUCCUCCUCGGCGCGGCUGUGCCCACUGUCCUCCUCUUCUUCCUCGCGUCCGACCGCCUGGGCGAGGGCUUGUCCAGCGUCUCGAUGAGCUGGGGGCCGAUUGGCCCCGCUCGGGGGGGCAGCCUUACCAGCGGCAGUGCUGCUCCUGCUCAAGAUCCAGAUGUCGAAUUCGCCGGCCUUGCUGACCUGCUGCCGAAAGUGGCCAUGGACGACAGGACGGUGAUACUCACGCCGGUGAACGAGGCUUGGGCGCAGCCCGGCUCCCUGCUCGACCUCUACCUCGAGAGCUUCAAGAACGGCGAGGACAUAGCGUACCUCCUCAACCACCUCAUCGUGGUCGCCCUCGACCCCAGCGGGUUCGAUCGCUGCAAGGCCAAGCACCCUCACUGCUACCUCCUCCAGGUGACAUCCGUGGACAUGAGCUCGGCCAAAGGCUUCAUGUCCAAGGACUACCUGGAGCUCGUCUGGACCAAGCUCACCUUACAGCAGCGGGUCCUAGAGCUCGGCUACAACUUCCUCUUCACGGACAGUGACAUGAUAUGGUUUCGCAACCCGUUCCGACGCAUCCCUGUCUAUGCAGACAUGAGCUGCUCCUCCGAUGACUUCAAGCCGUCGCGUCAGCCCUUGGACAACCCGCUCAACACCGGGAUGUACUACAUGAAGUCGACGAACCGGACGAUCGAGAUGAUCAAGUACUGGAGGGCGGCGAGGGCGAGGUUUCCGGGCAGGCACGACCAGGCGGUGUUCGUCAGGAUCAGGCACGAGCUCGUCAGCAAGCUGCAGGUCAAGAUCGAGCCGCUGGAGACGGUGUACUUCGGCGGGUUCUGCGAGUACCACGACGACCCGGAGAAGAUCUGCACCAUUCACGCUGACUGCUGCAUUGGGCUGGAGAACAAGGUGCAUGACCUGAGUGAUGUAGCUGCGGACUGGAAGAACUAUACGAGCCUGAAGCUGGAGGAGAGGAAUAAGGUUGGUUUCAAGUGGACGUACCCGACCAGGUGCCGGAAGUCGACAAACUGGCGUAAACCCUGAAACCCAUAAGAGAACAGGAAGUCGAUAUCGACACACUUCACACUUGUCGUAUGAGCUAGUAUGAAACAAUGAAAUUUAACACUACCUGGCUCUGAGAUCUUAAUUACUAUGCCAGAUCUACUUGUUACCUACUGACUAAGGUUCUGAAGA